CACAUGCGUAUCUUACACUACUUUACGUUCUCUCUUCGAUUUGAGAUGGAGAGAAACAUUUAUGUCGUGAAUUUAGUCAAUUACGUACUAGAUUUUUACCGUAAGGUUAUGGAUAAAUGAGUUUAUCCAUUCUACAGAAAUGGACAUGAUACUUAUGAUGUAAUUCUAUUUAUGACAUUAUAUUGGAGUUUUCCUUAUAUUUAGUGAAUUUCCAUCUAAAGAGUCAUGAGAUUUGUUGCUUGACGAAAGAAGCAGAACCUUUUCUUGUUCCAGGUGAGAAAGAACUGAAGGGUUUUGACUGGUUGCAUCUGGUUUUGCUGAGAAGAGAAAUCUGAAGAUGGCAGGAGGGCAUAUGGGACCUGCUGGUGUGGCAAAGGAGAGGGCUGAAAGAUAUCAAGGGAGGGUUACAUUUUCUGUGGUUAUUGCCUGCCUUGUGGCUGCCGUUGGUGGGGCACUUUUUGGUUAUGAUACUGGAAUUUCAGGAGGAGUGACAUCUAUGGAUCCAUUUCUUAAGAAAUUCUUUCCUGAUGUUUAUAAGAAAAAGGGUCUUGCACAUGAAAACAACUACUGCAAGUUCAAUGAUCAGGGGCUUUCAGCAUUUACAUCUUCUCUAUACCUUGCUGGUAUGGUUGCAUCCCUAAUAGCAUCGCCAGUUACGAGGAAUUAUGGUCGCCGCACAAGUAUAAUUUGCGGUGGCAUCAGUUUUCUCAUCGGUUCAGCUUUAAAUGCUGCAGCCGUCAACCUUGCAAUGCUCCUCUUGGGUCGGAUCAUGCUUGGCAUUGGCAUUGGUUUUGGAAAUCAGGCUGUUCCGGUAUAUCUAUCAGAGAUGGCUCCGACCCAUCUUCGAGGAGCCUUGAACAUGAUGUUUCAGUUAGCAACCACCCUUGGAAUAUUUACUGCAAACAUGAUCAAUUAUGGAACACAGGAGCUUGAAUGGGGAUGGAGGCUCUCACUUGGCCUAGCUGCAUUGCCAGCUUUAUUGAUGACAGUGGGAGGGCUAUUUCUUCCGGAAACACCCAACAGUCUGAUCGAGAGGGGACGUGUCGAGGAAGGGAGAAAAGUGUUGGAGAAAAUGAGAGGAACCACGAAUGUUCAGGCUGAGUUUGAAGACAUGCUUGAUGCAAGUGAAUUGGCUAAGUCAAUAAAGAAUCCUUUCAGAAACAUCCUGGAGAAAAGGAACCGACCACAAUUGGUUUUGGCAAUCUGCAUGCCCAUGUUUCAGAUCCUCACAGGCAUCAAUUCAAUUCUCUUCUAUGCUCCAGUGUUGUUUCAGUCUAUGGGGUUCAAGGGAAAUGCUUCUUUGAUCUCAUCGGCUUUGACAGGAGCUGUUUUAGCAUUGUCAACUGUUCUUUCUAUUGCAGCUGUAGAUAGAUUAGGCCGAAGACCUUUACUUAUCAGUGGUGGAAUACAAAUGAUUUUAUACCAGGUGGUAGUUUCCAUAAUCCUGGGGAUAAAGCUAGGCAACAAUCAAGGUCUCUCAAAAGGCUUUUCAGUAUUGGUGGUGAUUGUGAUUUGCCUGUUCGUCUUAGCCUUUGGAUGGUCAUGGGGACCUCUAGGCUGGACUGUGCCAAGUGAAAUAUUCCCAUUAGAAACAAGAUCAGCCGGACAAGGCAUCACCGUUGCAGUCAACCUCUUAUUCACAUUCGCCAUAGCUCAGAGCUUCCUUUCCCUUCUCUGCGGCCUCAAGUUUGGCAUCUUCCUCUUCUUUGCUGCAUGGGUUCUCAUCAUGACCACAUUUGUCUUCUUCUUGCUGCCUGAAACCAAAGGAGUCCCAAUUGAAGAGAUGAUCCUCCUAUGGAGGAAGCACUGGUUCUGGAAAAAGAUCAUGCCCGAUAUGGAAUGAAUGUAAGAUUUUGGGGUUAACGGGCAAUUGUUAAACUUCUAUGAGCUUGUUUUUACUGUAAUUCCGCUAAGUUUAUAAGUUCACCAAAUCUAGACAUUACAAACUUAAAGUCGAUUUGACAAUAAUUGAGUUAAGCCACAAAUAUUUCAUAGAAGGCUUAGCUCGUUUUCAUCGCUAAUAAGCCACCAUAUUGAGCUACACAAGGGCAAAUGGUUACCAUGUAUACAAAUAUUGUUUUAUCAAUAAAUUUUAUUACAGUUUCA